AAACGAGACAAGUACCCACUUUGGUAGAAUACCUGGUUGAAGAUGAAGUUCUUAGUUGUCGCCAUUUGUGUGGUUGGUGCUGUAUAUGCAGGACAGUGUCCCAAAACGUGCAAGGAGGAGGAGGCAGAUUUUGACGCUUCACCUCCUUUGGCUGGCCGGGACAGGCCAAUCUGUACCCCCGAGGGCACGUUUGACAAGAAGCAGUACCUUGGGUCUGAGAGUUAUUGUGUAGACGAAUGUGGGGUUGAACUGGAGGACUAUGAAACGAAAGAUAGAUGGCUCCCUCACGACUGCUCGUGCGCUCGUGACAAAGCCGAUGCUGGUGUGUACACAAAGCAUCCAGACUGCGAUAGAUAUGGGGCUUACGCCGCUCGCCCGAAGGUCUAAGAUGAGAUGGAACACAUCAACGGUUACUUCUGAAUCAAAAGAACUGAGUGGAUAUGAAUGAGAUCCAACUCUUCAAAAACUGCUACGUAGAUUUAAGUUUCUAUGAAUUAUAUAUUUACCAAAAAAAUGACCUAUGCUGUGACAAACUUUGUUAGAGAACAGCAAUAAUAAAAUGAAUCUAGCUUAAAAUAUUUGUCCAUUCACUAUUAAGCUCUUACAUAGGAUAAGCAACUCUGCUUGAUCUAUAACUUAAAUUCUUGAAACACACACGUUUUAAAAGUAAAUUGUUUUGGUCUUCAAAUGGAAAUGUGUGCAAAGAAAUGUUUUCCAUAAUUGACUUUUUUGUUGCCUUAUUAAAUAAUGUUUCGGUCUAUUGCC